UUUGGAACUCAUUUUAUUAUUGUUGUUAAGUCACUCUUCGGGGCUCAAUGUAGUAUUAUGUAUCAUACAAAUCACUUCCUUUUGAGACUGUUUUUAUUAUUAAUAGUGGUUAUUAUUAAAAGUACGUUUCUCUUUGGGACUCAGUUUAUCAUCCCUAUUUUCUCUUAGGGACUUGGUUUAGUGUUAUUAUUAUGAUUAUUAUAAUACAAGUCAUUUUUCUCUUCUGGACUCAAGUUUUUUCAUCUGUAAAAUGAGGAAGCUGACUGGAACACGAGCCCUAGGAAGCAACGAUCCAGUUCGAAGGGCCGUUCCUCCGCUGGCGGGUAGCGGGUCGCCCAGGAACGGAGGACUAUCUAGAAGAGCAGUCUUGAGUCCCCAACUUUAUCUCCCAGGCAGACGCGGAGCCGAUUCUUUAUCAGUUGGUCCCGGGAACCAGCUUUUCGAGUGUCUAGAAUCGCCGGGAGUCGGCUGGACUACAGAUCCCAGCAUCCCCGCUUAGCCCGCCCCCCUCAUGUGGCCUCUGCUCAGGCUCCAGGUUUAGUUUCUCUUUCCCACGUCCUCUGCACCAGGUUGGUUUACGCCGCUCGGCACUUGGCUUUGGCUGGAGUUGGAGCGAAGGUGCGCGUUAACAUGGCCUCUUCCCUGGGAAGGUUGAGCGGGAAUCGCUGGGGGAGCGCGGCGCUGGGGCGCGGCUGCCGACGGUCGCGCGCUUGCCCCCCGGAAUCCGCUGCAGGGCGCUUCUGCGGGGCUGGCCCAGAGCAGACCCGAGGGCUGGGCUACGGAGUGGGCACUAGAGGAGUGGGGGGCGGGGGCAGAGCGAGAAGAGCCCCUUGGCUGGUGGCGGGGCUGGCGGCGGGACUGGCGGGCAUGGCCGCAGCCUCUUUCCAGCACCUGGCGCGGGCCGACAUGGUCCCUAGAACCGAGGGCGCGUCCGGCGUUUCGGAGAGAGCGGACGAGUUGGCCCUCCGCUGCAGCUCCUUCAUGGCCCAUCCCGUGACUGCCCUGUCGGAAUUGCGGGCCCGGCCGGGGGACAUGAAGACCCAGAUGGAACUACUGAUCAUGGAGACCCAGGCUCAGGUUUGCAAGGCGCUGUCGCAGCUGGACCGGGGCGCUGGUUUCUCGGUGGAUCGCUGGGAGAGGAAAGAAGGUGGAGGGGGUAUCAGCUGUGUGCUACAGGAUGGUCAAGUCUUUGAAAAGGCUGGAGUUAGUGUUUCUGUAGUUCAUGGAUCUCUUUCUGAGGAAGCAAUAAAACAAAUGAGAAGCAGAGGAAAGGUCCUCAAGACCAAAAAUGGUCAUCUGCCCUUUUGUGCUAUGGGAGUCAGCUCCGUCAUCCACCCCAAGAAUCCUCAUGCACCCACCUUUCAUUUCAACUAUAGAUAUUUUGAAAUAGAAGAAGCUGAUGGUAACAAGCAAUGGUGGUUUGGUGGUGGAUGUGACCUUACUCCAACUUAUUUGAACCAAGAGGAUGCUGUACACUUCCAUAAAACCUUAAAGGAUGCUUGUGACCAACAUGAUCCAAGCCUCUACCCCAAGUUUAAAAAAUGGUGUGAUGACUACUUUGUUAUAAAGCAUCGGGGAGAAAGAAGGGGAAUUGGGGGUAUAUUCUUUGAUGAUCUUGACUCCCCAUCCAAGGAAGAUGUAUUUCAUUUUGUCCAAAGCUGUGCACGUGCUGUUGUACCUUCUUAUAUUCCCUUGGUGAAAAAACACUGUAAUGAUCCGUUCACACCUCAGGAGAAACAAUGGCAGCAGCUUCGGAGAGGGAGCUCAGAAUCCACUAGUAAGGCAAAAAUAUUUAUGAAAAAACACUCCAGGAUCUUUGCCAAGAAAACUCCAAAUGGAAACAUGAAGAGAAAGUUGCAACUGAAAGAACUGAACGAUGACAGUAAGCAAAUUUAGUUAGGAAUUAUUGGAUUUUAGAGAGACCAUCCAGAUCCCACCUGCUGAGGACAACCUCAUGCUUCCCAUAGAGCAUACGGUCAUUGGCUGAGAGCUCCUUCAGUCUCUGAUGAGACAGCUCAGUGGAUAGCUCCUUGAAUCUUGAGUUGGUCAGGAAGAGCCAAGUUCAGGUUCAGCCUCAGGUCCUUCCAAGUUGUAUGGCUAAGUUUACCUCAGUUUCUUCAACUUUAAUAUGGGGAUCACAGGAGCAUCUACCUUCCAGGGUUGUUAUGUAGAUCAAAUGAGAUCAAAUUCAUAAAGCAUUUGGCAUGACACCUAGAAUUAUGAUAUGUGAGUAGAACUUGUCAGUCUUGAAGAAUCACAAUAUAAGAGAUUGGUAUCUGGAGGGAGAGAGUAGCACUGUUCUAAAAUUGAAGUCAUUCUUUUUUCUUUCUUUUUUUUUUUUUACAGCUGUGAAGUCAGUCUAUUCAGUGUAUUUAUUGGAAAACAUAACCUUCUUGUUUUACAACUGUUGUUUGUUAUAACAGCAUCUAUCUCCUUUUGUUCAGUGGGUAGAAUACCCUAUUUAUCCAUUCCUGUACAGAUGCUGAAAAUUCAUUAGGACUUCCAGCUGGUGAUCUCUUGAUGGCUGCUGGUUGUCCUAGGAGGACCAAACUGCUGUGUUGUUAACCAUUUACUUACCCUGACCUAAUCUUAGGGAAGAGUUUUUUCAGCUACCCUUCCCUUUCCCCCUCCUCCCUACUCUUUUCUUUUGGGACAGGUAUGUGGAAUUUAACCUGCUUUAUGAUAGAGGCACAAAAUUUGGACUCUUCACUCCAGGAUCUAGAAUUGAAAGCAUCCUUAUGUCUUUGCC